AUGACCGCACCAGUCGCCCAAAAUCUCCAUUGCGACACGGCGCCGGACGAGGCUCGUGCCCGUGCCCUGCUGACCGCCGCCCGCUCGGCGGUGGCGUGGGGCAACAUGCUGGAAGCCAGCCGCUUGUUUCACCGCGCCGGCAACUUUUUUAAGAUGGACCAGAAAUGGCAUGACGCCGGCGCCGCCUUCCAAACCGCCGCCGAGCUUAAAAUGCCAUUCGAGGCGGACACUAUCCCCGCCCCGCCCUACACCACGGAGGUGCGGAAGAUAACGUCCAGCGGUCUCUUGAAGACGGCAAGCGACUGCUUCGUCAAAGCCCAGGACUUCCGCGUGGCGGUGAGCUGUCUGCAGACUGCGGCGGACCUGCUGGCCGAAGACGGGGAUUUCACCACGGCUGCCGGGCACUGCAAGGCCCUGGCGCAGAUGUUGGCGCCACGGGACGUCGACGGCGCAAUUCGGUUCUAUGAAAAAGCCGCGCGCCUGCACGAAGCCGCGGCCGACGUGCACGGGAGGUCCGCUGGCGACAAAGCGUGGCUGACGGUGGGCGAACAGCUGGCUCGGAAGGGCGACUACACCGCGGCCAUUGACCUCUUCGAGGGACUCGCUGACCGCAUCCUCCAGGAGCCCAAGGCGAGGGAUUACGCCAGCUCGGGCGGCGUGUACGUGCCGGACUUUUCGACGGCGGAACCCAAAUGCCUCACCCGGGCGGUACUGUGCUACCUCUGCCGCGAUGGACCAUCGGCUGCCCAGGAGGCCGUGGUGCGCUGGGACGCCAAGCUGCCGUCUUCUGGUUUUAUGUUCGAUCAGGAGCGGAACGUCUUACGGCAGGUGAUGGGCGGCGCCGAGAACCGCUUCACCGCCGGCCACAUCGCCAAGAUCCUGCAGGCGCCGGAGAACGCCGGUUCCGCCACCGCGAGCGGUCCACCAUGGUGCGACAACGACACCCAGACGCGUCGUUUAGACAAAUGGACCACAAUGAUGCUGGAACGCGCGCUGCAGAUGCUGCGGGAUGCCGAAAACAAGGCGCAGCGCUGA